UUUGGCAGAAGAUAUAAGAAAACUUUAUGAGCAUAAGCUAGCUUUUAAUACUGCUACACCGCAAGGACUUUUAAAUAAAGUAAUUUUUGAAAUUGUGUUAUAUUUCUGCAGAAGAGGACAAGAAAACCUUCAAAAUUUGAAGGUACAUGAUUUCGAAAUCAUGUCAGAAAAUGGAGAACGUUUUGUAAAAAAAACUUAAUUCUGAAAUUUCGAAGAAUCAUCAGGGAACAACAAGCGAGACAGAGAGUUCAGGGGCACGUAUGUACGAAAUAAAAAACUCUCCUCUCUGUCCAGUCAAAUCUUUUGAAAAAUACUUGUCAAAAAGACACUUGGGAAGUGAUCGACUCUUUCUUCAUCCAAAAAACAGCUUCAGUGAUGAGGACAUAGUAUGGUACAGAAAUGAACCAGUAGGUUUGAACAAGUUGAAAAUAUUCAUGAAAAAUUUGUCUAAGAGUGCGGGUUUAACAAAGGAAUACACAAAUCAUUGCAUUCGAUCAACGACAAUUACACUUUUGAACAAUUGUGGAUUUGAAUCCAGGCAUAUUGCAACAAUAAGCGGUCACAGAAAUGAAGCAUCACUUGCUAGCUAUUGCUAUGAUACUUCAGAUCAGCAGAAAAAGGCUAUGUCAGAUGCUAUCAGUGUUUGUGUUGGACAUAAAAUAGAACCUAGUGAAAAAAGUACACCCAAAGAUGCAGGGAAAGCUAUUAAGUCAGGUGAUGGUAAAAGAGGCACUUCAGUUGCAAUCCAAAACACAUAUACAUUGACAGAUACAUGUACUGAGAUGAGUGAUAAUGAUGAUGCAGCACUCCUGAAGUGUGCCAUGGAUAUGGAAAAUAAUUCUAAUCAGCAGGCUGUCAAACCUAUUUUCCAGUUUUCCGGAUGCAAUGUCACAAUUCAGAACCACUAUCAUUAACACUUAAACAAUUAAUUCUGUUACAUAAGGCCCUGUGUAAACUACAUUACUUAGUCACUGUGUGAAGUUAAAUUCAUGAAAAUAAAAUCUUGAAUUUGCA